GGGAAGGAGAGAGAGAGAGAGAGCAUGCGAAUCAAGGCACGUUUAACGUGAGUGAGCGUGCACCAUGGCGAGCACACACACACACACACACACACACACACGGAAAGAGAGAGAGAGAGAGAGAGAGAGAGAGAGAGAGAGAGAGAGAGAGAGAGAGAGAGAGACGUGACAGUACCCGUCAUGUGGUGAAGGCUGUGAUGAAAAGCAGAGAGCGGAGUCUCGUGCCAUGGAAGAGAGAGAGAGAGAGAUGGACCGCACAUUAUCGUCCCUCCUGAAAGCGCGUUCAAUCUCUCUCUCGUGGCGAAAGAGAAUAGAUCAUUGCGUGCAUGCAGCCCUAGCGUCUAUCCCAUCCGUCAGAUACAAGGUUACAGAAAGGUCGACAAAGAGACUUAAGAUACAGAGGAAACCAAAUGAAUAUGUGCGAAGGCUAAAUAAUAAUCCUGCAGAACCGGCUGAUGAAAAUGAUGAAGACGGACCUGUUGAAGUUGCACCCGGUCAGGAUGGACAUGAUGAAGACGGACCGGAUGAAGAUCAACCACAUCAAGAUCGACCCAAUGACCAUGGACCUGAACAGGCUGCCGAACCAGAAUUGCUUGAUAGAGCUUGUGGAAUUUGCAAGGUACAUGCAGAUGGCCGAACAUAAGAGAGAAUUUUAUGAGUUGAUUGACCCUGAACGACGAUGUCAUCUCUUUUUUGACAUGGAGUUUGACACACAGCUCAAUAGAGGCGUGGAUGGUGAUGCCAUGGUCGAGACUGUUGUCGGUAUCAUUUCAUCUUUAAUUCCCACUCAGUUUCCAGGGUUGUAUGGCCUGGAAGAUGCCUGGAUUUUGGACACAGAUUCUUCAAGGGAGAAAAAGUUUUCAAGACAUCUCCUUGUCAAGAUACCGGGCAUGAUGUUCAAUAAUAUCGCACAUGUUAACAAGUUUGUGUCCAUGAUUUGCAACCACAUCAAAUGUAACAGGGGCAAGGUCUUGUCGUAUGACAAAUUGUUUGUGGAGAAGAGACAAGGCCCUGGGCUAUUUAUAGAUUUGAAUGUCUAUAAAAGCAAACAGCUGAUGAGGUUGCCUUUCUCCACUAAGCAAAGACUCUCCUCGUUCCUCAGGCCCACUGGUCGAUUUGGAACUCCUGCAUUUACGAUCCAUAAUCUCCAGGAACUGAGGAAGAUUUUCAUCUCAGAGACAAAUGUGGAUAUAUGUCAAGACCCGGAACUUUUCAAUGGAGAGAAAGGGGAGAUAGACACAGGCUGCGUACUCCAGAGUGACAAUUUUCAUACUUCCACUGUUGGUAGCAGUUCAUGUGCCAUUUGAAGCACCUCAUCAAAGAACAAGUCUUCACAAUUUUCGAUGCUCGAUGCUUUCGUAAUAUCAUUGGGUAAUCGGAAUGCUCUCCCCGGACAGAAAUGGUUUGUAUCGGAGAAGGCACAUACUCCAGCAGACUUCAAAAUAUGUUGACGUGAUGUCUGAAACAUGUUGACAUAAAGUCACAUGUUUCUACAUGGAUAUCGGUUUUUUCGUGGGACUUGUCUUUCCAUGCCAAACAUGUGGCCAAUUUUUGGAACAGUGUUCUUAAUGACCUUGUGCAGUCAUCACAGCAGACAACGGGGGAGGGAGGGAGGGAGGGAGAGAGAGAGAGAGAGAGAGAGAGAGAGAGAGAGAGAGAAUAACUUUUUUGUACGUCUUAGAGAGAGAGAGAGAGAAUAGUUUUUUUUUACAUCUGUGUGUGUGUGUGUAUGUGUGUGUGUGUGUGUGUGUGUGUGUGUGAGAGAGAGAGAAUAGUUUUUUUGUACGUCUUAGAGAGAGAGAGAGAAUAACUUUUUUGUACAUCUGAUAGAGAAAGAGAGGGAGAGAGAUAGAAGAGUUUUUUUGUACAUCUGUGUGUGUGUGUGUGUGUGUGUGUGUGUGUGUGUGUGUGUGUGUGUGUGUGUGUGUGUGAGAGAGAGAAACAACGCCCUGGCUCCGGUUCUCUAAGCUAUCGGUUCAUUAGGUUAUUUGAAGAUAAGGGAGCACAGAUGACCGAGAUCAACAUGAAAGUCCUUUUUUGACCCUAAGUACAGCAGAACCUGCCGCAGUGGUAUCAACAGAUACCACAACAGAUACCACAUUGUGUUCUUAUUGACCUUGAGCAGUCAUCACAGCAGACAAUUGGGGAGGGAACAUUGUGUUCUUAAUGACCUUGUGCAGUCAUCAGAGCAGACAAUGGGGGAGGGAGGGAGGGAGGGAGGGAGAGAGAGGGAGAUAGGGAGAGAAAGAGAGAGAGAGAGAGAGAGAGAGAGAGAGAGAGAGAAUCAAGAUUGAGAAAUAUA